AUGGUGACAAAACAGGACGAAGAAGAGAAACUCUUCUUCACCGAAGCUGAAAUACCCAGGGAGAACCAAUACCAAGUCUCUGAACACAUGGGACUUGGCGAGAUGGAGGGCCAUCCAUUGAUGCCUCACAAUAGCUACAGCAACAGCAACAGGGAAAAGGAAAAGGCGCUAAAGGGAUCCAGUGCAAAGCAACUGGGAACAUCGAAGAAGUUUGUUUCUGAGAGCCUCCAUACAUCCACAGAAAAACCAACUGGCAGCCCUACUCUUGCUCCUACCGAGAGUCCCAGUGAUAGCCCUAGUGAAAGUCCCAGCGGUAAUCCAUCUGAAAGCCCUUCUACGACAGACUUUAACAGCUAUGACGACCCGGAAAAUCCCAAUCAUGUAAAUGCAAUAACGUCCCCAACCGGCCUAUCAGAUCGAACAGAAACGAUCGACGGGAGUACUCCAAAGGGCAAGGAAGCAAAAGACGUAAUUGCCAGUGCCGAAGAGACUGCCGCGCCCACCGAGGCUCCAAUUGUGGCCCAGGUUGUGGCUCCAGUUGUGGCUCCAGUUGUGGCUCCUCCUACGAUUGUUAGUGGCGGCGUUGGAAACGGUAAUCAGGCAAAUGCCAGAGAGUCUACUUCUUCUUCAUCAAACUCUGAGCUGGGAAGCUCGCCAUCUAGAGACAAUCCAAAGCACACUUUGCUGGUGUAUGGAGGUGAUAAGAUUGAGCCAUUGCAAACUUUCUCGGACUAUGACUCUUCCAGUCAACAACAAUUGCCCGCGAUGGAGGCUGUGGAGGAACCGCCCGAAUCAUCUGGACGAAUGUCCAAUGGACGUUACAACGUACAUGACGAAGCUCGAGGGCACAAGACAGCGUUGAUUUUGGUGACAGGUGCAUGCCUUUGUGCUCUGUUUCUGGGCAGCAGCUACUUGGUAGACCGAACGAAAACCGACAGAGCUGUUUCAGCUAGAAAGUUAGAGCUGAGCUUCCAUGGGAGAGUGGAUGAGUGCUCGACAGAUACGGAUAGUUCUGAGGCUAGCUACAAACCAAACGGCGAUCGUGGUGGUCGUGGCCGUCGCAAUCGUUCUCUGCCGGAAUCCUUUCAUGUAGUGGAAAAUGUGGUGUACGACAUGAGUACCAUUGCGGAAGAUUCCGCGGAGGAGUGCAGCGAUCCCUGGGCUAACGACGACGACAACGUGGAAAGUAUUGAAUUUGGAAACGCCACCAGAGUCCGAGGUUCCGAUGGUUAUGAUGGCGAUGACUGUCACUCUCCUCCCAUGCGCAAACGAAUAUCGGGCAUUCUAAAGCAGGGUAUUAACGCGUCCAAACGACGGGUUCUGGACCGCAUUCCUCGACGCAAUCGAUACGAAGAAUUUGAUGAUGGCUUUCAACCAUCGGAUCCCGAUGGUGAAUAUGGCGGCGAGGAAGGAUGUGCUGGAGAGUAUGCACAGGAGCUUGGUACGACCAAAAAGAAGCAGUCACAAGAGGAAUAUUCUCAGCUUUUCGCUUGGGCCGAAGGGGACAUACACGAAGCAACCACAAGAAGAGUGCGUGUUUAA